AUGCAAGGAACAGACGGUGUCCCAACAACAGAUCAAAUUGAAUUAUAUAUUCCACGAAAAUGUGCUGCAAGUAAUAAAAUUAUAGCAGCUAAAGAUCAUGCUGCUAUUCAAUUGGACAUUGCUGAAGUUGAUGAACAAACAGGUCGCAUGACUGGCAAAAAUCGUACAUAUGCACUUUGUGGUUCAAUUCGUAUGAUGGGUGAAGCUGAUGAUUCAAUUGUACGAUUGGCUACAAGAGAUGGAUUUGUUGGAAAAGGAUUUUACCUUAAAGAUACCAAAUAA